UCCAUGAAUCCCAGUUCUACUACCCUGCUUCCCAGCGAUCAUCCUUUGCUUGUCGGGUCAGGCGGUAGCCUACUUUCCAGUCUACAGGCUAUUGGACAUCAUGGCAUCAGUCACGGACACUCUCAUGGGCAAGGACAUGCUUUGGGCCUCGGUCUUACUACAAGCUCCGGUGGUGGUAUUAUCGUCCCAUUAGCUACACUCGAGUCAACGGCAGCAGCUGCGGCCGCUGCAGCCGCUGCAGCUGCUUCUGUUUCUACCUCCAGUGGAGAUGUUGGUGGUGUGGUUGGAUCAAGUCUGUCCGGAGGUGGAAUCAGCGGUCUUAGUGCUGCUGGAGGAGUCGCCUCUAGCUUGCAGUCGGCUACGCCUUCCGUAAUGGCAGCGGCAGCCGCUGUCGCCAUGGCAGCCUAUCUUACUGCGGCAAAUGCCCCGGGGGCUCCGCCAGUUGGCCAGACAGCCGGCUCAGUCAGUGGAACUGCGGGAAUGUCGCAUGCUUCAUCUAGCCUUACUGGUUCUUCAGUGAUCGCAUCGCUCUCCUCGGCUGCAGCCCAGCAUCAGGAUCCAUUUUCCAUUGGAAUAGAUAGGAAACUUGAUCUACUUGCUUUACUUUUGGGGCACGAACAGGAGAAAUUCCUUACUUGCACUUUUAUUUGUCAGUAA